AUGAGAGGCAACUUCAACAAUAUAGCUGUAGCCCUAGUCUGCAUGGAUUAUGAUUUCGAUGCCAGGCUACUAAUUCAUUUGGCAAAGAUCUACGACAGCGUUCAAGAUAAGCGUAUAAUUUUGUGGAUGCAACUGCAACCCAGCGAAGACUUUUUGCAGUUAAUUCUAAAGCAGAUUGAGGAAUUAAAAUUCACCCAAAUGCUUCUAUUGCAAAUGGGGGAAUAUCCCCCGGUCAUAUAUCGAAUGAAUCUUCAUCCAAGCCCACACUUUGUUCGGCUUAGGAACAUUUCUAGCCGUCAGUGGAAACUUUUUAUUCCGAAUAAUAUUGACUUUAUGGGAAGAACGGCUGUGGUUGCUACAAAUAUUACAAGGCCUAAUAGCCUGAGCUACAUAAAAAUCGAAGGCAAGGAAGUCUUUGAGUUUGCACGCAAGUAUAAUCUUACUCUAAAAUUGCGUAUGAGCAACCAGACCGAUGCAGGCUCCGUUGACAUUCAAUUAUCUGCUCAAUUUCUCUCGAAGAACACAUUGGCAGACCACUUGGCAUAUGUGAGUCCAUUCCUUUUAGCAUCCCUUAUAAUUAUGGUGCCCUGUGGCCGAGAACUGAGUCUUAAGGAAGUCUUCAAGCAACUCGAUUUCCGGACCUGGUUAUUAGCCAUCCUUGGCAUGUCCUAUCCAGUCAGCCGCAGGGACACCCUAUCACUCCGUCAGCUCUUCAUGGCCAUGAGCAUUUUCGGGAUGGUCUUCAGCACUUUCUUCAACUGCAAGUUGAGUGCUCUGCUCACGAAGCACUCGCACCAUGCCCAGGUGACAAACUUUGAGGAGUUGCGGGCCAGUGGAAUGGCCGUGAUUGUCGAUCCGGAAGUUCGAUCCUUCAUCGAGUCGGAUCUCCAGGCCGACUUCUUUCGCCGAGUUGUACCAAUCGCAAUAAGUAAGCCAAGAGUAGAACGCGCCGCAAUGCUGGUGGCACUGAACGGAAGCUACGCCUACAUUGUUUUCAAACAAAACUGGGCACAUAUAAAUAAUUAUCAAAUUUCGAAAGGACAAAAAGCUUUUUGCGUCUCUCCAGAUCUCGGCAUCAUAGAAAAUAUUCCCAUGACAUCCGUAUUGCAGAAGAACUCAAUAUAUAAGUGGCCCCUAUCCAGGGCCUUGACGCGAUUUCAUGAGCUGGUAUUUCACAGUAUUGGAACCAAAAUAAAUACCAUUAUGCAAAGCGAGCCAUGA